CCGAGCUCAGCCCCGCUGAAGGACCUCUUGACUUUCUGAUUUUCAAGCGAUUUACUCGCAAUAACGACUCGCUGCAUACAUAGGAGGUCACAUCAUGUCACUUGUGUUUCAAGCCCUGUGAGUCGUCAGUGAAUCACGGUCAGCUGAUGGCGGAGGAUGGUGAUAUCGAUCCAUCCCAUGGUGAUGGCAAACCGACACAAGAACAGAUAGAAAUGGUUUCCCUGAGAGACGUGGAAAACAACACCUAUACUUCUUAUACGGAAAGUUUUCAUGAUGUUUAUGUCUGGAUGCCAAGAGGGAAACAGGUGGGACACGCAUCUGUUAUGUUGAGUAAUCGUACGUACAUCAGCUUAUGGCCAGACGACGACAAAACGAAAUGUAGAGUGUUUAAGAAGGCUAUGGACAGAAGCGUCCGCCCAGAAGACGACAUUUAUAAAGAAUCAUUCGAGCCACAUUAUACUUUCAGGAUACCUGCUAAAAAGUUGGAUGUAUUAAAAAUGCAAGCUUUCUGGGAUGAAUGGAAAAGAACCGGUGAAUACGGUUUAUUUUUCAAAAACUGUUGCUGGCUUGUGUACAGCAUCUUGCGUGAAGGGGGCGCACCUAGAAGUGCAACUGUGUUGUGGCGACCAGAAACAUUACGAAGGUACUUGAGGAUCUAUGAGAAUGAUGGACAUUGGAUCAGAGCCUUCUUCAAUCUAUGGUGAUUACACUUCUGAACGAAUGGAUUCUCCAUGUACCUGUGGUGCAUGACCUCUGCUAAAUGAAUGGACGAAAGCUCCCUUGGACCGACAUCAAUGGCCUCAACGUUCACUCGGGAGGAUUCUACAUGUGUGGCAUGUCAUUUGUAUCACAAUAUUUAUAGUGAAUCGUGAGGUUAUGAUCUGUCUUCCCUUUCAUUUGACAGAGAUGCGGUUCCCCGUUGGUGGGGAAGUUGGGCAUUUGGUAUGAAUACAUCAUUACAAGUCUGAGUGCAAGACACUAUUGCUCACCAAGAACAAGUGAACGAAAUAUGUCCAGAGAAAGUAUUCGCCAAUUAACAAGGAGAGCAUGGCUAAUAAUUGGCUGCAUAAUGAAGUCUGUUGGGGACAACAGGUCCGCCAUGGCAUCUGCUCGAAACUUAAAAGAACAGUCUUACGGUUACAAGGCAGUUUCUUAUUUGUAUAUUUUUAUAUAUUUUUACAACAUCGUCAAAUUUUCAAUCCGUGUCCCUCAUGGCGAGAUAGUGGAUAUGUGGACAUUCAAUGCAAUGGCCACAUGUCCGUUCGGAGAGAGGAAGGUCCGGUGAUCGAUCCCCGGCCGCGUCAUACCAAAAGACGUUAAAAGAUGGUACUUGUUGUUACCUUGUCUGGCGCUCGGCAUUAAGGGGCUAAAACAUGCACUUGUCGGCACGGAUUCAGUAUUCCGUGUCUGAGUGAGGUAUUCAUGUUAAACUGCGGCAUGGUAUCUCAGUGAGCUAGCACUAUAUAUCGGCAUCAGUCCGGACCAGAACAAGCAGCCACACACAAACACACGUCCAUGUACGUCGCUAUAUAAGUGCAAUAAUCUUGGACGCGACGUUAAACCCCAUUUCACCUCACCACAAACGACGGAAAGCUGAUGUGCCCUUUGAUACGGUUGGUUGGUUUGUUGUUUAACGCCGCACUCAGCAAUAUUCUAGCUAUAUGAUGGCGGUCUGUAAAUAAUCCAGUCUGGACCAGACAUUCCAGUGAUUGAUAUCAUGAGCAUCGAUCCACGCA